AUGUUGACUCCCGCGACGACAGCAACGCGCCUCGGCGUCCUGGCCACCCGCGGCCUCAAGCUGCAGGUCGCAUUCUUGAGAGGGGCAGCAGCCUGCCAAUACUCCUCGUUAGCAUCCCGACAGUCCACCAUUCGUAGCGCCAAGUCGGUUCCUUCCAUCGUAACCAGAUUAAUUGCCAGAAAGCCUGCGUGCAACCAAUCGUGCCAAGUUUUCGCCCGCGGCUAUGCUUCUACUACGGCUUCCGGUGCCUCGGGCUCCUCUACUCAACCUCUCGACUGGAACACCUUUUUCACCCUGCGCAAGACGCGGCGCCGCUUCCAGAUCGUCAGCGGCAUCUUGACGAUGGCGAUAGGUGGCACAGUAGGUGCCAUCUUACUUUUGAAUAUGGAUCUGGACUGGCUGUUGACCAAGGUCCCAAUGGACCCUUUCCUCGCGCUGGGUAUAGUGACUCUGAGCUUCGCGGGGCUAGGCUGGCUGGCAGGGCCGAGUGUAGGCUCAGCGCUUUUCUACACGUUCAAGAAAGGCGUCAGGAAGCCGAUGGAACUUAAGGAAUCCGAGUUCUUCUCGCGCAUCAAGAAGAACCGAGUGGAUCCUAGCAAUAGCUCGUUGAGCGGUAAUGCUGUCCCCGAUUUCUACGGCGAGAAGAUCUCGAGCGUGGCAGGCUACAGGCAAUGGUUGAAAGACCAAAGAGCAUUCAACAAGAAGCGAACAAGCUUCGUCUGA